GCCUCCGCUUCCGCAAGGGCGCCCGGAAGUGCUCAGUGCGCAGGCACACGGAGCCGUGGAGUAUGGCUACUUCCUCGGUGUCCAAGGGCUGUUUUGUGUUUAAACCAGACUUCAAGAAAAGAAAGAUCUCUGUGCCAAUAGAGGAUUAUUUUAAUAAUGAGAAACAUGUGUCUGAGGACAGUAAACUUCGAUUUGAAACGUAUCACUUGCUAUGGCAACGGAUAAAAUCUGAAACAGAGCAAUUACAGGAGGAAUUAAAUAAAAACCUGUUUGAUAAUCUAAUUGACUUUCUGCAAAAGUCCCAUUCUGAUUUCCAGAAAAAUUCAAGAAAUUGGGGUUGUCAAAUGAAACUGAGAGAAAUUCCCACUGCUGCUCUUAUUCUUGGUGUGAAUGUCACAGAUCAUGAUUUAAUAUUCAGAAGUCUAACAGAGACCCUUCAGAAUAAUGUCACACCAUAUAUAGUCUCAUUACAAGCUAAGGAUUGUCCAGAUGUGAAACACUUUUUGCAAAAGUUGACCUCACAGUUGAUGGACUGCUGUGUAGAUGAAAAUUCCAAAGAGGUGAAAAGUGUUAACACCCCCAAAAAGACAAAUUAUUCAAUGGAUUCACUUUCUAGUUGGUACAAGACUGUCACACAGAACACAGACCCAAAAAUGACAAGCAAAAAGAGGACUACUUGUCGACAAUGGCAGUCUCCUCCUGUUGUGCUUAUCUUGAAGAAUAUGGAGAGCUUCAAUACGAAAGUACUCCAAGACUUCAUAAUUAUCAGCAGUCAGCAUCUGCAUGAGUUUCCACUGAUUCUCAUUUUUGGAAUCGCCACAUCUCCUGUCAUUAUCCAUCGACUGCUUCCUCAUGCCGUGUCAUCUCUGCUGUGUAUAGAGCUCUUCCAGUCUUUGUCUUGCAAGGAGCACCUGACAGUGAUCCUUGAUAAGCUGCUGCUUACAGCUCAGUUUCCUUUUAAAAUAAGUAAAAAGGCAUUACAAGUUCUGACCAACAUCUUUUUAUAUCAUGAUUUCUCAAUUCAAAACUUCAUAAAAGGACUUAAGCUUUCUCUACUAGAACAUUUUUAUUUGCAACCCCUAAGUGUUCUGUGCUGCGAUCUCCCGGAAGCCAAGAGAAGAAUAAAAUUUUUCUCAGUUAAUCAAUGUGAAAAUGUCCGUCGCCUUCCAUCAUUUCGGAGGUACGUGGAGAAACAAGCUUCAGAAAAGCAAGUUGCACUGUUGACCAGUGAGACAGUUUUAAAGGAGGAAACUCAAUUAUUACUAGAAGACCUGCAUGUUUACCAUAUGAACUACUUCCUUGUUUUGAGAUGUCUUCAUAAUUUUACCUCUACUCUUCCCAAGUACCCACUGGGUCGACAGAUCAGGGAGCUGUAUUGCACAUGUUUAGAAAAGAAUGUAUGGGAUUCAGAGGAGUAUGUAUCAGCCUUGCAGCUGCUGAGAAUGCUGGCCAAGGAUGAACUGAUGAGCAUACUUCAGAACUGUUUUGAGGUGUUGAAUUCCUCUACUGAAAAGCAGCUUGGCAGCACAACACAGAAAGUAAAGGAUUUCCUGUCCCAGUUUCAGAACCUUGAUGCAGACAGCAAAGAGGAAGAGGAUGCUUGUGGAUCACAGCCCAAGGGGCUGCAGAAAACUGACCUCUAUCACCUUCAGAAGUCCUUACUGGAAAUGAAGGAGUUAAGGAGAUCAACUAAGAAGCAGACCAAGUUUGAAAUGCUCAGAGAAAAUGUUGUGAACUUCAUCGACAACCUGGUGAGAAGUUACCUUCUGCCUCCUGAGAGCCAGCCCUUGCAUGAGGUAGUGUACUUCACUGCUGCCCACACACUCCGUGAGCACUUAAAUGCUGCUCCACGAAUCGCCCUACACACUGCACUCAACAAUCCUUAUUAUUAUUUAAAGAAUGAAGCACUGAAAAGUGAGGAAGGCUGCAUUCCAAAUAUUGCCCCUGACAUCUGUAUAGCAUAUAAACUGCACCUGGAGUGUAGCCGGCUAAUUAACCUUGUCGACUGGUCAGAGGCUUUUGCAACAGUUGUGACAGCUGCUGAAAAAAUGGAUGCAAAUCCUACAACUUCAGAAGAAAUGAAUGAAGUUAUCCACGCUCGAUUCAUUAGAGCUGUUUCUGAACUAGAGCUCUUAGGCUUUAUAAAACCCACAAAACAGAAGACUGACCAUGUGGCAAGGCUGACAUGGGGAGGCUGCUAAAGAGCAAAGACGUGAAGACAGGGCUUCCACGUCUAAUGAAAAAGAAGCCUGCUGAGCUGAGUUUAACCAAAAGUGCACUGCUAACCUGAAAUUGUGUAUCAAAACAUCUUUGGAACACUUCAGAUCUAAUGAAUGUCCUAUAGGUGGUUUGCUUGCUAGAAAAGCUCUCAAGUCACCUUUGACUCCCCACUUCUUGUGGUCUUGGCAACUUACCAAGCCUCAAGCUGUUUGGCUUUAUACUUAAUGGCAGUAAAUAUUUAUAUCAACAGUCGUGGAGACCUACAGCGCCAGUAAAGCCCUUCACAGAUUGAGCCCCAGUUUACAAAACAGAAAUGUAAAGGCCCGGGGGAAAUAAUAUCUGGAUCUCUUUCAUACUAAGAACUUAAAAAUCAGACACCUAAAGCUUACUUAAUGUUCAUCCCCCAAGAGAAUUUACAGAUGUAUGCCAAAACUGCCUUGCAAAUGAUUCAGAGAGCCCAUGUCCAGGAAAAAAAUCUCUUUAAAAAGCCUUCAUUUUUAACUUUUAUUGCAGAACCACUUUUUAGUAGCAAUUUGCUUUAAAAAAAAAAAUAAAAAUAAAAUAUAUGUAUGUAGGGCUGGGUAUGUGCAUGAGUGCAGUGCACAAGGAGGCCAGGGAUGUUGGAUUACCUUAGCACUGGAGUUAUAAUCAGUUGAGCCCCAGAUGUGGGUGCUGUGAGAACAAAAUUCAUCUUAACUCCUGGAACACAGACGUAUGUAUCCCAGAUAAAAAUGAGAUACUGUCUCCCCAGGGUGGCCUUGCACUUUGGGUAACUCACGCCUGAUUGUCUGCCUCAAGCUUAUGAUCCCCCCUGACCCAAGUGCAGACAUGGUUCAGCGGUUAAGAGCACUGGCUGUUCUUCCAGAGGUCCUGAGUUCAAUUCCCAGCAACCACAUGGUGGCUCACUGUAAUGAGAUCUGGUGCCCUCUUCUGGCCUGCAGGGAUACUGUAUACAUAAUAAAUAAAUAAAUCUUUAAAAGACAUUUACUAUUAUGCCCAGGUCAGAAAAUAUUUCUUUAAACAAUACAACAUUUUAUGCAUACAAAAUACAGAGGAACUGGUUUAACACUGGCAGAUUUUGUCUUGUCUGCCAAGGCACAUGUUUUUCUCUUUCCCUAGGCACUUGUGCAUAGGUCAUAUGCAUUUGAUUUUUCCUCCACCACCUAAUAGUAAAAGCCGCACAACCGAAACUGUUCUCAUAGUAUCGAAAAGAUUUGUAAUACUAAACUAUUAAAGUGAUUUGUAAUAAUUGCUUGGUAUCCUAUAAGAUUCAGCCCUUAGUUGAAGAAAACUGAAACCUCAACUAGAAUUACUUACAAUUAGUGUGUUCUAAUUAUUUUUCUUUUGUUUUAAUGAAGUACUAAUCUGAAAGUACUUUAAGUUUAUUUAAAAAAUAUUAGGCAGCCAGGUGGUGGUGGCACUCGCCUUUAAACCUAGCACUCGGAUGGCAGAGACAGACAGAUCUCUGUGAGUUUGAGGCUAGCCAGGGCCACACAGAGAAACCCCGUCUCAAAAAACAAAAACAAACAAAGGCACAUACCACGUACCUGUUACUUCUGAGAUACUUCAGAAAACAAAGAUCCUUUCUUCCUUGUACUUUAGCAAAGAAGAACACACUAUUUGUGGUAGAAAACAAGUAGGCUUGUCAUUGAAAUUUUAAAGAGUAAAAUAUGCUCAACUUCACUUGAGCAAAACUGCAAAGAAAAAAAAAAAAAAAAACCCUACCCACGAAGAUUGACCAGUGAACCCACUAUGCAGGUAACAGCAAUAACCAAUGUCCUAAGGUGGGAGUGCCCUAGCUAGAUCAAAGGAGCAGAGACAGCAAUCGGAUUUGAGUGAGAAGGACAAGAGUACAAGUAAUGGCUCCACAGAUCUCUAUAAGGACUAUUGUUUUCUUAAACAAAAGACAUAAAGCUUUAAAUGAUAAAUACCUGCUCUGAGAAUACAGUAAGAGGAAUGGUGAAGUAAACCAGUAACCUGUUAGUUGACCACGGAGGUAAUCCAAGCAAGGCAAAUUAUUAGACUAGGAUAAUAGUAGAGACAAUGACACUGUAGAAGUACUAUUAGAUGCACAUGAAGGAAUCUAAGAUCCUUUCUGCUUUAAAACUAGAAGCAUUGCUAUUAGGGGGCUCGCUGUGGUUUGAUUAAGGUCUACCCAGAGGACCAUUUGUAAGGCUUAGUCCCUAGGACAACAGGAACUACUGAGUGGUGGUGGAAUCUCUAGGAAGGAAGGCGCAAAGGAAACUUCUCAAGGAAAACAGCAGGAUCCAACGGUCCUCUUUACUUUUUCGCUUCCUGGCUGAUGAGCUAAUGGUUUAGCUCUACACUCUACACCAGCCAUAUGCUGCUGCCUCACUGCAGACCAAAGCAACAUGGACAACUAAUCACUGAAACAUUAAAUACUAAGUUAAAAUAAACUGACAUCAUAAAUCA